AUGAAUGAAAUUGAAAAGUGGAGAGCCCAACAGCAAAAAGAAAAAAAUUACCAAAAAGAGAUAGAGCCAAGAGAUUCUUAUAGAAAUAUAGCUCAAUCAAUUUUUAAUGAAAAAUCUGAUUUUAAUUAUUCACAGAAGAAUUUAAGAGCUUCACAAGAAAUAAAAAAUCCCUAUACCCGCUCUUAUAUGCAAAACUAUUUAAAGAGGCAAAAAGAGAAAUCAGCUGAGGACAUUUUCCCUGACUAUCAGAGAAUUCCUGAGUUUCUGAACGAAUUUACACCUUCAAAACGCCCAGAAAGUCCAAUUGAUUAUGUCCCACAAAAAGAGAGAGAAAUUGAUAAGGAAUUUUUAAAGUCAACCUACCAAAACCUAAAAACAGACGCGUCAAGGCUUAUUCAAGAGCUGCAAAAAAAGCAACAAGAAGAAGACAGAGAGUUGAAUGCACUUUUAGCCCAAGAAUAUGAAUCAAGUUCUGAGCACCUUCUCGACGAAGAAAGUUCAGAAGAACUAGGAUUUACUCUAUCAAAACCAUUAAACACAAAGCCUGAAGAAGUCUAUACAGAGACCUUCUACGAGCUUGAUGAGCAGCCAGUCAAUGAAAAUGCUUUAAGCUAUGAGAAAUUUUCAUACAAAAAUACUGAGAGUAGUGAUAAAAAAAAGGAAAAAAAGUUGGAAAUUGACAGAAACCAAGAAGUCAAUUAUUUCACUUUUGAUCAAAAAGUGGAGCCACCUAAAAAGGUGGAACCAUUCACAAAAGUGGAAGAAAAAAUAGAAAAAUUGAACAAAACGGAAGUGCAAAAUAAUGUUAAAACAGAAAAAAAAUUGACAAAAACUCAUAUGAAAAGUAUUGGAUUUUAGGAGAAUUUAGAUAUUUUAAAAUAAUUAAAUAAAAAUGCAUAUUUAUUAGAAAAAAAAUACAAGCUCUAUACAUUUAAGCACUAAAUCGAUUGACAUUCAAGCAGAUUUUCCAAUAGAAGAAGCUAACUACCCUCAGAAAUCAAGUAGAGAGCCUUCAAGGCAGGAAACCCCUCGUGAAAGUCUGCCUUAUUUUGGAGUUCAAGUUGUGCCAGUUUAUCAAUAUAUGCCUCCCCCAGUGAUGAUGCAGUAUCCCUACCCUUAUUAUCCUCCUCAAUUUAUGCAGCCUCAAUACAUGAAUUACCCGCCUCAGAUGCCUCAGCCUCACAUGUUUAGUAACCAAAUCAUGCCUAACCCUUCCUAUGUAAACCAAGUAAAAGAGCAAAAUCCUCAAAUAAGCCGCGUCACAAGUAGCCAGCAGUUUGAGUUCACAGAAACUGUCAAAAAAACAGCCCCAAAGCAACAGGUUCCAGAAAAACGGCCAAGUAGCGCUGCUGUAAAAAAGCGCGAAGUUUUAAAAUAUGAAAAACCGAGGACACCGAUGCCAUUUUCCCCAAGAGAGCCGGUCACAAAAAGAUCGGUAACUCCAUUGUCAAGAUCUCCUUGCAUUUCUCCUAAAACAGCUAGGCCUUCUCUUGCAGAAAAAACUUCACUAAAUACAUCAAGAAGCUAUACUAAAACUCCAAUAGAAGAUGAUAUAAAUGCCCCUGCAGAAGCUUGGGAUAUAAUCUUAUUUCUCUGAAUUUUACCAUAAAAUCUAUUAAAAAUACUUAUUUUCUCUAAAAAUUAGGUAUUUUUUUUAGAUUUUACCAUAAUUUAAUUCAAACUGACAAUAAAAAUUUUCAGCCCCUCAGAAAUCAAUUGGCAAUAAGCAGCAAGAAUUUUUGGAGCGUCUACAGAAGCGCAGCUUAACUAAUAAAACAACAAGCAAAAAAGAAACAAAAACCAAAGAAGAGCUGCAACAAAUAAGAAAAGAAAUGCUUAAGCCAAAAAUCGUGAAAAAACCACAAAAUGAGAUGAUUGUAGAAUUAAAUGUAAAAGAAAGCCCUAAUAAAGGACCAAAUCCUGAGCUGCUAAAAAGAUUAGCAAGUGGGGAAAAGCCUAAAGUUACGAGAGAAGAAAUGAAAAGAUUGACGGCAAAACAUUAUUCAAAAUUGCCGGAAGUGAAGAAAAAGCAGGAAGAAGAUUUAAAAAGACAAGAAUUGAUAUUGAGGCUGGAAAAAGCGAAAGCAUAUGAUAAAAAUAGACAUAUGCAAAGAAAACUUAAAGAUAAUUAA